GAAUGCUGGCAUCGAUCAACAAGCAGUAACACCCAAACUUCUGUAAGCAAUCUACACAUCACUAACACAGCAGCAUCCUCGGCCACCACCGUCUUCCAUCAACAGUGGCCACUAUCUUCGCACCACCCGGAGAUCUAUCCUUGAUUUUGAUUGUCUCUUCAAAAAUAAAGGUUGAUAGUUGUAAUUCGACGUAUCUAAACCAAUACGACGCCGUAUCUAAACUCCGAGAUUGUCACUUAAAUGGCUUCUUCCAGCAAGAUGGAAACCGACGAAACUCAAGAAGAGGAGGAAGAAGAGGAGGUUGAGCAUUUUGAUGAUUUCACACUUGCAUCUCCGUGGGAAAAGUUCAUUUCUGAUAUAGAGGCGGUUUGUAGGCAGUGGAUAGCCAACGGCCCGAAAAAUCUGUUGAAAAAGGAUGCAAGGGAGGUUUCGGAGGAGUUUUAUAAGGUUAAAUAUGAGUUGAAGUUUGCACUUAAAAGUUACUGCAUGGAAUACUACUUUGGAUCUAAAAAUGACGGCAAUGAUAUGGUUUGGGAUUCGAGAUUGCAUGAUUUGCAGUUAUGCUUUGGGGUCAAAGAUUUUUUGGUGAUUGCUCCGCAAAGUGCCAGUGGAGUGGUUCUUGACGCGCCUGAGGCUAGCAAGCUUUUAAGUGCAGUUGCAAUUGCUCUAUCAAAUUGUUCGAGUUUGUGGCCAGCAUUUGUCCCGGUGCAUGUUCCAGUCAGGAGAGCUUACAUUGGUAUUCAGAAUAUGGGAACAGUUUUCACUAGAAGAUUUGAGGCUGAUCUUAUUGGUAGCCAGGUUCCAGUAAAACUUAUGCAUUUGGAAGGAUUAUACGAGUUGUUUGUUUCUAAAUUUGCCUACUCCACAUUGGACUUUGCCAUGCAUCUCUUCAAAGUCCAUUUUACCAUGAAGCUAACCUACAGAUCCCUUCCGCAUGAGGACGAUGAUGUCCAAGGAGCUGAUGCUGAUGUUAUCGAAUCUGGAGACGAUCUUGGUGGUGACAUGCACAAUAGAACACAAUGGGAUGAUGAUUGUCCAUGGAGUGAGUGGUAUACUGCCGAAGACCCUGUAAAAGGAUUUGAGUUGGUUGCCUUGUGGUCUGAAAAGGUGGUCGAGAGCUCCAUGGAGAUGGCCGAACUGGAAAAUUCUUCGCCCCAUGAAGCUGAAAAAUGGAUAUUAUCUCCUAAUAUGUCUUCAACUUUAACCGAUUCUUCCGAAGGAAACAGAGUUGGAUUUGCUUCCCAGCUGUGCCUUUUGGUUGAUGCAUUGAAUAUGUCGUUUGAGGCUCAGUUUAUGGAAGAUUUUGUGUCAGUUGAAAACCCAGGUUCUGAUCAUUUGAAGUCCUCCAUGGUUAUACCUCCUCCUACAGUUAUUGAUCGUGUGCUCAAGGAACUCUUUCAUGAUGGUGCACGGUUCCGCAGUUUUGCCUCUGGCGAGCGCAAGACUUCUCGAAUAAAGGCUGCACCUCUUGAAUCCCUUUUUGCACAGUUUUGUUUGCAUUCUCUUUGGCUUGGAAACUGCAAUAUACGUGCUAUUUCUGUUAUCUGGAUAGAGUUUGUCCGAGAAGUUCGGUGGUGUUGGGAACAGUCGCAGACAUUGCCAUUAACACCAGCUUUUGGUUCAAUUGAUCUGUCUACUUGUGUGAUUUACCAGAAACUUCAUAUGCUUGCUAUAUGCAUUGAGAGGAAGCGUCAAUUGAAUGAAGAAUUUCAAGAUUGUGUUGGAAGCAUGGAUCAUUCAUCUCCUAGAACUGAGGAAGAUGGUCUGGAUGAGGGGUCAGAGGACUCAUGUAUUAUGCAAACACCUGCUGAAAACCUUGAUGGGAAACGUGACAGCCCUGCAAUUCCAGAUGAUUUGCAAGACUCUGAACAAAGUGUAUCGAGACUUGGUGCUAGGCCUGAACAUGCUACAGUGUCUGCUGAUCUAAAACCUUUAGAUUGUAUCAGAAGGGGUUCAGCUGGUGUGACAGGUAUGAUGCUUCUGAACUCAUAUCAGAGCAUGCAUGCACCAUUCACACAGGAGCCACCGCUCAUGACAGAAGACAUGCAUGAAGAGCGGCUCCAGGCCGUUGAAGCCUUUGGCGACUCACUUAACUUUUCUGCUCUUUUGGAGAGAGAGAUCUUAACUUCAGACAUGUCAGCAUUCAAAGCAGCAAAUCCGGAUGCUGUGUUUGAAGAUUUUAUUCGCUGGCAUUCUCCUGGAGAUUGGGAAAGUGAUAUUACAAAUGAGAGCGGAUCACCCAAUAAUCCUACAACAGAGGGUCCAAAAGAUGACUGGCCCCCUCGAGGGCGGCUGUCAAAGAGAAUGUCUGAGAGUGGGAACUUGUGGCGAAAGAUUUGGAAUGAUGCACCUGCUUUGCCAGCUUCUGAGCAGAAGCCGCUUAUGGAUCCAAUUAGGGAGGGAGAAAAGAUUCUCCAUUACCUGGAAACCUUAAGACCACAUCAGUUGCUCGAGCAAAUGAUAUGUACUGCCUUCAGCGCAGCAGCAGAUACUUUGGCUCAGACUAAUUAUGGAGGCUUGAAGCAGAUGACAACCAAACUCGAUCAACUUUACCUCACUAUGACAUCUGCAUUGAGACCUUUGCAAGCAAAUCGUCUAUCUGCUCACACUGAUACUAUCGAAGACAUAAGACGGCUGUCUGGUGUUUUUGAACAUGUGGAGAAGCUACUCACUAUUGCAGCUUCUCUUCAUCGCAAAUUCUUGCAAGCCCCACGUCUCUCUGAAGCAAUAUUCCGUGACUGCUGCAACUUUUAUUUUCCAAGAAUGGGAACAAGCUCUUCGGGUGACAAUGCUCCAAAGGAGUUUGAGAAGCAGCAAGUAGUAACGAUGAAUGAAAGACCGGUGGUGUCAAAUAUGUUCACACCUCCCACUGCUAACCAGUCAUGGCGAAAAGUUUUGAGCUUGGGCAAUCUUCUCAACGGCCAUGAACCUGUCUUGAGGGAGAUUAUCUUCUCCAAGCGUGAUAAAGUGAGCGGAAAUCACUAUGCUGCCCGUACUCCAAGUGCUUAUCAAGAUGAACUAGAAACAUAUAGAAUGUACAUAUGUGGAACCUCAAAUGACCUCCGUGUAGCACUUUCUGUUGUUUCUUGUGAUUAACAUUCUCCAGAUAUUGUACAGAUUCAUUCUUUAGACUUUAGACUUUAAUGCAAUCUAACACCAGUCAUUUCAAACAU